UCGUAUCAGCGACGUGUGAAUAGGGGUGGUCAUUAACAGUGAAGAGGGGAAGGCCUUACUCAAUCUAUUUGUUUUUUCUGUCCUCGUACUAUCGGUCGUACUUAACAACGCCAUUAUCGUAUUUAACCUGUAUCGGUGGACAGCUGGCUGUUUUUCUAAGCUUUUUAGGGUCGAGUAAAACACCGGGACGCCCCCCUCUUUUCGUUUGUCGGUCGUAACGUCCGAACGCCCAGCUGAUUGCUUUGAGUACCGUUCAAUUAUUCCAGUUUAAACUGAGCCGUUUUGUUUGACUUAACGGAUGUUUUUUUGAGGCCGAAAAGGGCCGAGUCCAGCACCUUUUUUCACCAACUUGUGGACUUUAAAAGAAAGAGGACGUUUAUCCUUGUGUCUAACUUGAGUGUGGGUCGUUUUUCUCAUUAAACGAGCAGGCCCCGGACUCAUCCCCAACCUCGCGUUUCCUUAUCGGUUUUUGUUGGAAGUCAUGGGAGACACCAGUGAACGAAGCAAACCUCCGAGUCUACCUCCCCGAUGUCCCUGCGGAUUUUGGGGGUCCAGUGAAACCAUGAAUCUCUGCUCCAAAUGUUUUGCUGACAUCCAGAAGAAGCAGCCGGGGGAGGACUGCACCUCCAAGCCUAUCCAAAGCACUGGGAGUAGCCAAUCGCCAGUUUUCAGUAGUGAGACGAGCAGUAGCAGUAGCCAAUCCCUAUUGUCGUCGCCGGCCUCUAGCUCAGAGCAGCCGUCAACCGAAGAGCCCUCGCCCACGUUUCCCAGCACGAGGGAAGGCAUGUCGUCCACAGAAACAGCCCAAGGCACACUCUGCACACCCACAAAACGUCCCCGAGAAUCAGCGUCGGACUCGGAGGGCGAGGCGACGCCGGAGAAGCGGCCACGGACAGACGAGAAGGAGGGGAGCAGCGAGGAGGCCCGCGGGACGCCCAAGCAGAAGAACCGUCGGCGCUGCUUUCGCUGCCAAACCAAACUAGAGCUGGUGCAGCAGGAACUGGGCUCCUGUCGCUGUGGAUACGUGUUCUGCAUUUCAGAUGAGCUGUUAAUCGACCUGGUCCAGGUGUAA